AUGACAUUAGCUAGCAGUGUCUGCAAUCUCACUAUUGAAAGUUCGUAUCUUGGUGAUCCAAUAAUCUCAAAAGAUGCACGAUGCUUCAAUAUUGUUUUUCUUCCAAUUGACACUAAUAAUGAACAAUCAGGAACAACACAGAGUGGAAUUGUUAAUGUAAGCAUUACUGGUGUUCAAGCCAAUGUAAAUAUAGAAUUGGUUUCUAAUAAUGCUUCAUUGGUUAAUGAAUCCAUGUUGUAUAACAUUCUAGUCAAUGGCUAUAAUCAACUGAACAAAACAUUGAAUAUAUUUGUUAUGGAUAUCGAGAUAUAUCCCUCAACAUUCCAAGUGAAAGCGGUGCUUUUCACCGAUAAUGAAAGCACACCUCACUACUGGUCAUCUGACUUGGCGGAUACAUCCACCACAGCUUACAUCAAUCUGGCAACAUCGUUUUGCAAUUUGCUUUUACAAGGUUUGAAACUUGGACGGCCAUCAUUCUCAGACAAUGCAAAGUGUGUCAAUGUUCUCUUCACACCAGUUGACUUGGUAAUCCGUCAGAAGCGACAGAUAAACACAAAUGGGAGCUCAGACCAAAAUACAACUCAAGGUGUUCAGGGAACAGCAAAUGUACAGAUUUCGUCUCCUGAAGCUGCAGUGUUGAACUCAACAUCAAUUACACAAAUCAUAAGUUCUGGUAUCAGUCAAUUAAACACAUCGUUUGGAGUGCGAUUAUCUAAUUUAGAAAUUAAUAAUACCUCUACAACAGUUCCACAAGUGAGCACAACUACUUCUUUUGACACUUCACCAAUAUCAUCAACUGGACAAAUCCAAACAUCCACUACUGAUCACACACCAGCAACAUUCACGAGCAUUCCAUCCACAAACACGUCAACACCAACAACACCCACUGAUAAUCAAACUUCACUGACAUCCACAUUUUCGAGUCAACCGACAGAAUCUGUGAGGACAACAUCAGUUCCAACUAACACCACAACAUCAAGUACUGUAGGCACAAAUACCUCUACAACAGUUCCACAAGUGAGCACAACUACUUCUUUUGACACUUCACCAAUAUCAUCAACUGGACAAAUCCAAACAUCCACUACUGAUCACACACCAGCAACAUUCACGAGCAUUCCAUCCACAAACACGUCAACACCAACAACACCCACUGAUAAUCAAACUUCACUGACAUCCACAUUUUCGAGUCAACCGACAGAAUCUGUGAGGACAACAUCAGUUCCAACUAACACCACAACAUCAAGUACUGUAGGCACAAAUACCUCUACAACAGUUCCACAAGUGAGCACAACUACUUCUUUUGAUACUUCACCAAUAUCAUCAACUGGACAAAUCCAAACAUCCACUACUGAUCACACACCAGCAACAUUCACGAGCAUUCCAUCCACAAACACGUCAACACCAACAACACCCACUGAUAAUCAAACUUCACUGACAUCCACAUUUUCGAGUCAACCGACAGAAUCUGUGAGGACAACAUCAGUUCCAACUAACACCACAACAUCAAGUACUGUAGGCACAAAUACCUCUACAACAGUUCCACAAGUGAGCACAACUACUUCUUUUGACACUUCACCAAUAUCAUCAACUGGACAAAUCCAAACAUCCACUACUGAUCACACACCAGCAACAUUCACGAGCAUUCCAUCCACAAACACGUCAACACCAACAACACCCACUGAUAAUCAAACUUCACUGACAUCCACAUUUUCGAGUCAACCGACAGAAUCUGUGAGGACAACAUCAGUUCCAACUAACACCACAACAUCAAGUACUGUAGGCACAAAUACAACAGGAACAGUUGAAGAAAGUAGUACACUUAGUGUCACUUCAUUAACAACAAGCACUUCUGUAAUGGAUCUUAAUGCAUCCACAACCAUAUCAAUAUUUACGACUAAAGCAUCUACUGAUAAACUAACUGAAAUAACAUCUACAUUUUCGAGUCAAUCAACACAAUCGAUCACUAAUUUAUUUACAAACGCUUCGACUUUGACUACCAUCGAAACGACAACCACUACGACAAUCUAUGUUAAUAGAGUAACUACAGCAUUUCAAGUCAAAGCAAUUAUAUACACUUUCACUACUGGCAAGUAUGUUCCAUGGUCAAAUGAUUAUGCUGAUAAAACAACGAGUGCCUAUAAAACCUUGUCUACAAACUACUGUUCCUUGUUAUUACAGAGUUUAUUAACACAAAAUACACAAAUAACUCGUGGUGCAACUUGUACAUUUAUUGGAUUCAUUCGAACUACCCUAAAUUCACCUUCUAAACGACAAAUUCAAAGCUCUAACAAUAUUACAACUGAUGCAGUUCAAGGAAAUGCACAAACUGAACUACAAACAUUAGCUGGUUCACAGUUAAAUCAAGCGCAAUUUUCACAAUUAUUACUUAGUGGUUAUCAAAAGCUUAAUUUAUCAAGUGGAAAUUAUCUAACCGGCAUUGAUACAACACGAAUUUCACUAACUAUUACAUGUUCACAAACUCAAUCGAUUUGUGGUGAACAUGCAUCAUGUCGUAAUACUGACAACGGUGUUACAUGUACAUGUGAUCCAAUGUGGAAAGAUUUAAAUCCAGAUGAUCCAGGAAAAAAUUGUACAUUACAUCCUGGAACAAUUGCAUUAAUUGUAUUCGCUGCUAUUCUAUUAACUAUUGCUAUUGCUGCAUUAAUCUAUUUUCUCAUUCGAACUGAAUCAAUUAAACAAUUACGAUUAAAACAAAUGACAUAA